AUGCUCUCACGUGUUGCUGCAGUGAAGGCACCCCGCACACACAACCGUCGCCGCGUGACCGGAUCCGGCGGAAGGAGGAGGGAAGGAAGCGAGAGUGAGCCGCAGAGACCCAACAUGUCGCGGCAUCUCUUCUUUUCUGCAUUGCUCCUCGUUCUUGUUGUGAUGAUGUGCUGCAACGCUGGUGGUGCUGCUGAAGCUCCGGAGCAGGCAUCUGGUCCAAAGUAUAAAUGGAAGGACAUCAAGGAUGAGGGUAGUGGUGUAACUGUGGACUCGUUGGGUGCUCCCGGCCUUCUAAAAGUGGGGAGUCAUGUGUUUGUCGUUGCCGAGGCGCAGUGCAAAAAGGAUCCAAACAGCGGUUUUACUGGGAUUGCAUCCCAACUACUCUCGAUGGAAACGGGUAACGAACGGAAGGAAUUGCUGGAGGAUGCCAAGGACACACAAGUCCUGGAGGCAGUCACUUCUGGAAAGGAGAACAAGAGAGUAGAUGUGAGCCGACCAACAGCAGUUGUGGAUGAAAGUAAUAUUUACAUGCUUGUUGGAAAAAACAGCGGUGAAAAUCUCGCUGAAUGUAAGGCUACGACCGACACGAUCAAAUCAGGAAUAUUGCUGGUGAAGGGUGAGGUCGGUGAAGGCGGAAACAAAAUAAAUUGGAACGAUACUGACGGUCUCCCGUGCGCUCUAGGCGACCAACACAACUCCCUGUCACAGCUGAUUGUCGGCGGUGGAUCGGGUGUCAAGCUGAAGGACAGUACGCUUGUGUUCCCAGUGGAAGCCACGAAGACGACGAAGGAUAACGCAGAGAAGGAUGGAAAGACCGUUUCGAUGAUCAUAUACACCUCGGAUACUAAGAAUUGGAAUCUGUCGAAGGGGAUGUCUGCCGAUGACUGCAGUGAUCCCUCCGUCGUGGAGUGGGGGAAGGAGGACAAAAAACUCAUCAUGAUGACUGCGUGUGAUGAUGGCCGCCGCAGGGUGUACGAGUCCGGUGACAAGGGGGAGUCGUGGACGGAGGCCCUCGGGACACUCUCGCGCGUGUGGAGCAACAAAAAGGGUGAAGGAGAGAAGGGCGUUAGAAGCGGGUUCAUCACAGCGACGAUUGACGGUGUUGAUAAGAGAAAUGUGAUGCUUGUCACUCUGCCGGUGUAUUCCAAGGAGGACAGUAAAAAAGAAAAAGGUGAACUCCAUCUUUGGCUGACGGACAAUACGCACAUUGUUGAUAUUGGGCCGGUAUCCGGGAACGAUGACGUUGCCGCCAGCUCCCUGUUGUACAAAAUUGGGAAUAAUAAUGAGGAGAAGUUGAUUGCACUGUACGAGAAGAAGAAGGCCGGUGAUGAUGAGAAACCAUCACUCGGUAUGGUCUCUGUGCUUCUGACUGCGCAGCUGCAGCGUGUGAAGGAUGUGCUGGCGACGUGGAAGAAAGUAGACGAACGUGUCUCCAAGCUGUGCCUCUCUUUAAAUGUUGAGAAGGAUACCUCAUCUGGCACUGCCAUGCCGACAAAUGGACUGGUUGGCUUUUUGUCCGGCAACUUCUCUAAUGACACAUGGAGGGAAGAGUACCUCGGGGUGAACGCCACAGUGAAGAAGAAAGAAGGGGCAACAGCGUAUGCGGAUGGUGUGAAGUUCCAGGGAGCGUGGGCGGAGUGGCCCGUUGGCGCGCAGGGGGAUAAUCAGCUGUACCACUUUGCGAACUACAACUUCACUCUUGUGGCGACGGUGUCCAUCGACGGUGUGCCGACGAAGGAAGGUAAUAUUCCGUUGAUGGGUGUGAAGAUGAAUGGCGAUGAUAAGACUGUACUCCUGGGACUGUCAUACAACAAGCAAAAGAACUGGGAAGUGUUGUCCAGUGGCACAGUGAAUAGGGGGCAGAGCAGCACUUGGGAGCCAGGGAAAACACACCAAGUGGUGAUUGUGCUACAUAACGGCACACAGGGCUCUGCGUACGUCGAUGGUCAGCGUGUGGGAAAUGCGUCAUGUGGAUUGCAAAACACGAAGGAUAAAGGGGUAUCACACUUCUUCAUUGGAGGGGAUGUAAGCAGCGCAGGGAGCCAAGAAGGCGUGUCUGUGACUGUGACGAACGUCCUGCUGUACAACCGCCCGUGGAAUGAAGAGGAGGUUGGCGCCCUAAACCCGAAUAAAGAACCCAUUACGUCUCCGGUGACCGAAAAUGUGCCGGAAACCAUGUUGCAGUCUCCUGCGAAACCACAGCCGUCGGAACAGGAAACGUUGACGACUAAUAUUGAUGGUGUCGGUGGCGGUGUAUCCAGAGCAGCUUCCAUUGCUACGACGGUCUCGUCUGAUGUUUCCCAAGAGGCGGCAACAGGGAGUGGAGAUACGAUGCUGGGAAAUGGAUCACCCCAAACUCCUGAGGUGGGCGCUAGCUCCGGUGAGGACGGGGAGACGGCGGAAGGAACGGAUGGGCAGAAGGAGGACAUCCAUGCACAGUUCGGGGAAGUGAAUGCUGCGGCACUCAGCAGCAGUCUCGGAAAUUUGUCGCAGGGGAAUAACAGCGAUUCCGGCACUGUGCGUGGGAGCGGACUGCUGCCACUUCUGCUUCUUCUGCUGUUGGGACUGUGGGGGCUUGCGGCUCUGUGA